GCCCCGCGGCGGCCCGGCUCCCCUCAGCUCCCACCGCCCCCGCGGAGCGCGCUUGCGCCGCCAACUGCCAUACGGGACCGCGGCUGCUUUGGAUUCGCCAUGUCCGCUUCCUCCUCCUCCGCGGCCCCGCUGCGGCCAGUCACUCACCUGAUCUUUGACAUGGACGGCCUUCUCCUGGACACCGAGCGUCUCUAUUCAGUAGUGUUCGAAGAGAUCUGUGGGAGUUUUGGAAAAUCCUAUACCUGGGAUGUGAAAUCCUUGGUCAUGGGGAAAAAAAGCACAGAAGCAGCACAGAUUAUUCGAGAUGUUCUAGAUCUUCCAAUAACCAGAGAGGAGUUAUUACGUGAAAGUAAAAUUAAGCAGGAGAAGAUAUUCCAUACUGCUGAAUUGAUGCCAGGGGUUGAUAAGAUGAUUCGUCAUUUACACAAACACAACAUGCCCAUGGCUGUUGCCACCAGCUCAUCUGAAGUCCCAUUUCAGAUGAAAACAGUCAGACACAAAGACUUCUUCAGUCUUUUUCAUCAUAUCGUGUUGGGAGAUGACCCCGAGGUGAAGUCUGGCAAGCCACAGCCUGAUGCAUUUCUAGUUUGUGCAAAGAGAUUUCACCCUCCUGCACCUCCAGAGAAGUGUCUUGUGUUUGAAGAUUCACCACUUGGAGUCAAAGGAGCCCUGGCAGCAGGAAUGCAAGUGGUUAUGAUUCCAGAUGAAAAAUUAAGUCCAGAUCUUAAAAAAGACGCAACACUACUGCUGAACUCCAUGGAGGAUUUCAAACCAGAGCUGUUUGGUUUACCAGCAUAUGAUUAGUGCCUAAUGUCUAUGCACAUGCACUUAACUGGAGAUUGGGAAAGUGGAAUGAAAUUUUGUUACGGUUUUAUGAUUGCUUUGCAUCUUUUCCUUUCUUCCUCAAAACUAGAGCACAAAAAUCCUGUUAACAGUAAGUCUUCCACACAGUACCUUUAAAAGUUGGCUGGGAUGUUUAUGAUUUGUCCUCAUGAUAAAUGCUAAAUUAAAGCAGCAUUUUGUCUUGUGAAGUGAAUCCAGCCUUGUUCUCUGUACAUCAUGAUGUUUUCUGGGAGUAUUAUGAAACUAUUUAGACAAUUUAUUGUAAUUGCAUUGGAAGCUUCUUGUUCUGUUUCCACGUGAAUGACUUACUGUUUAGAUCUUAACCAGAAAUCUGUUCUGGAUUGGCUUUUAUUCCAUUGCAUUGGGUUUGAUACAGUUAUCGCUAUCAACAUGUUUAUCCAUUUCCUCAUCCUGUACUUGUCCAUCUAUUCCCCUGUGUACCAUGUUGUCUUUUUUUUUGUUUGUUUGUUUCCCCAGUUAUUUGCAGGGAUUUUGUUCUACUUUCUGUGGUUUUUUAUUUUGUUUUCCUCUUUGGAGUUGAAUGAGAUGACCUCCAGGGGUCCUUUACAACCUCCAUUAUUCUGCAAUUCUAUCAUUAUCUUUUUUGGCAUGGUAAUCACCUGCUACGACCUAUAUGAGAUCAUGUGAUCCUAUAGUUUAACCAACCAAAAUGCUUUGCAUCUUCCUUCUUUCGUUUCCUUAUAUUCUUCUCAUUUUUCAUGUUGCCAUGUAGCCUUCCCUUUCAUUCUUGUGAAAUGAAUCCAUCUUGUCUCCCUGCUUCAAUUCUGAUAAAGUUAUGGCCUUAAUCCAUUGUAUCCAAAUAGCUUUCUGUAGGCCAUCGUUACUUUUACAUUCUUACCUCUUUCUUGAGCCUUUUUUUUUUCCCCAGGUUCCCUGCAGAGUUUUGCUAUCUACUUUUAAAAUACAGAAAUUGUAGUUUUGGUUUAUUUAAAUAUUUACAAUUUAUUUUCCUGGCUACCAUAAUUUCCACAAAAUGUUUAUGUUGUCAUCUGUCUCUCUUACUUCUGUCUGUUUCUGGUAUCUCAUCAGGACAAGGGUAAGUGUCUCUCUAGAAAAUACUAGACAUGUAGACAGGUUUUGGUGAAAUCCACAAGUACAUGUAUGACAUUAUGGAAGCGAUCUUUUACUUUAUCUAAAGAAAUCUGUAUUACAUGGGGUUCAUGAUUGUUUUAUAAAAUGAAUGAUUGUGUUCGGCAUUUAAAAAAUUAAAUUUCUAAUCGAGUAUCCAUAAGGUACUCCAAAAUCUUGGUAAAAUAUCAAACUCCAUAAAGACAAGGAGUGUGAAAUAAAUAAGAGAAUUUCCAUGUAUUAUGGGAAGACUACUUUGGCCUCAUUUUUUUUUAGUAUCAUCUGUUUAUCUAUGAUCUUUCUCACAAAAAAUCUUCUGUAGGUGUUUAACUGUGUUAAGUUUAAGGUUUUUCAUCAGGAGCAAAGAUUAAUGAAUCGUAGACCCUUCAGUAUUUAGGGUGAGCUUCAUUACAUUUUUUUUCUGUCCUGGAUUUAAAAGAAACCCAAAGUUUUACAUCUUUUAUGUAGACUGUUGCCAUUUUCUGUUACUGUAGUCUGUUCAUACCUCAAAAAAUUAAGAAAGUGUUAUUCUAUAUGGUCAGUCAAAUAUGACCUAGAUGGCACCAGAAGAUUUUUAGUACACAUAGUAUACUGGUUUGCAGUUAAAGGCUUUUCAUCUAAGGCUUUUAAAACAUUUUUUUGAAAAAAGGGUGAAUGUUGUUUCAGUUUAGGUAUUGUGCAUAUUAUGCUUUUUCUUUAAGCUCAUGGAUAUUGCAAUCAUUGGUGUUUGUACUGUGACAACAGCACAUUCUAUCCAAUAUGAAUUUCUAGUCUUUCCAGACAAGAUAAUGGAAAUAUUGCUGUAUAAUUCCUCCUUUGCCUUAUGUUACAUAAAACAAAGUGUUACUGUAGAGCAAUAAUUCUGAGCUUUCAAGUGUAAAACAGGUGCCUGUUGGGAUCCCCUUUGUUCAUAAUUAUUGAAUUCCAACAGGGAAGUUACUAGGUAGAAUAAGCUUUAAUAAGCUGUAACUAGUAAGUUUGAAAAAGUUUUGCAUAUAUUUAAUAUAACUAGGGAGUUUUACGAAAAGUAAAAAUUAAGCACGUUGCAGAGUUUAUUUCGAAGGAACUGUCUUCAGUCUUGAAUUUUAUUUUUAAAGAUGUAGAGACAUUAAUAAAUAUGUCACUGACAAAAUCAGAAUUACUUCAUCAUGACCACCGUGAUGAGAUCAGCAUAUCCUGCAAUUCCAGAUAAAUAGCCUUCUCUUUUGCAGAGAAUUAAUAAUCAGAAAACUACCACUUCGGUACUCAACAGCUAAUCUAUCCUAUCCAAUUGUUCUUCCAUGCAUUUAGUAUCCCACCUGGCAGUUGCCAGAGAGAUUAUUGCCUCAAACUGAAAUCUGUGAACCUGAGCCAUAUGGUAUAACCUUUACCUUUAAGUAAAACUCCCUUACAUGUACUUUACUGCUUGCCAUUAGCCAAAUUCCUGGAACAACCUGUGCUGAACCCUUUGACUGUUAUUAAAGUAAGUGUCAAUGUUGUGUUUAGGUUUUCUCUAGACUGAAUGAAGAAUCAAGAGUACACAAAUUCUUAAUCUAUAGUAAUCUUAAAAUUCCGUCAUCUCCAUUAUAUGUGAAGUGGAUAUUCAUGUCAGCAGUAGGUGACUGUAGCCUGCCUGAUUAACCAUAUACCAAAUACCAACAUAUGUUUAUAUGUACUUCUUUACUGACUUUUUGGUUGGAUUUGUGGCUGUGUAGCUCAAUCAUCUCAACAACAUCUGUUCAGAAAAGAAAAAAAAAGAAAAAGGAUUAAAAACUUGGAUCCCUUCCCUUACUUCCAUUUGCUGCUUUCCAGAUGAAGUCCUGUUUUGACUGAACUAAAAAAAUCCAUAGUAGAUCCUGGCUACAGGUCAUGAGGACAUGUGACCAAUCAGGACAUUUGCAUGCUCCAUCUGUGUCUGUAUGAAGAGGACUGUUAAAAACUAAUCCAAAAACUCCAUCAUCUAACUCAGCAAACAGACUUCAAUCCCAAAAAAUACUGAAGUGCAUGCCUAAUUCAUUUUUAUUACAGAAAGUAAGCAACAGCUUAAUUUUAAUUAUACACAUAGUUUUAUUUGUCUUAAUACAGAGCAUGUGUUUUAGACAUAUCCUGAGAAGUUCAGCCUCCACAAAUAAAAGCAGAACUUCAUGACCAAGUUUACCAUUGGAAAAUAGGAUAAGUGCAGCAAGAUGGAGCUAAAUUCAGCCAUGAAUAUAUAUAUAUUAUUAUAUAUACAUAUAUAUAUUUAUAAAAGAAGGGCAAACUAAUGGUGUCUGAAGUGUUGAACUAGAUCUUGAAUUCCUUUCUGCCUCACAAGUGAAUUGUGUUAUACAUUUUACUGGACCUCCAAUGGAAUUAAUCUCAGUAGAACUUCCAGGUUGCAGAGAUGCACGUAAACAAGAGUUUCAUCUAAUAUAUUCAGGUGAAAAUUCAUUAGAACUGGAUUAAUUUCAAAAUGCAGUCUGAUUUCUGUGAAUCAUGGCGUUUGCCUUCAAGAAAUAAAGGUCAAACAAAGUUGAGAUGUUCA